AUGAGUUUCGCACGACCGGUACCAUCUAAAAGCAGUGGCAUUUCGACGGUUAUACCUCCAUUACCUGUUUUACCAAAACUACCGUCUCGUUUGCAGACAAAAUGCGCAUCUAUUCUUCCAAAUACAACAAAAAAAGAAACAAAAUACCAAGAAAAUCGAAGGGAUACCCAAUUAUUUUCAAUAAAACAUUCAAAUGACCUUGAAGAUAUUGUGAAUAAUCUAUCUACAAUUGUCAAGCGAUCUGAAGCAUUGUUAACGCCUGUUAAACCACAAAUAACAACAACGAUUCGUCGUGCAUCAUCAUUACAUUUAACUAAAAUUGAGUUAGAUCGACGAAAAUUCUCAAGUUCAAUCGUCAAAUCAUCUGAUUUACAUAGUAAUUUCUCAGAAUCCAAAGAUGAUAAUCGAGCUAAAUUUCAUGAUUCAAUUUCUGAUCGAUCAAGUGAAUGUAGUACAAGCGUAUCUAAUACUAUACCACGUCGUACUUCAAUUCGAUCGUUAUAUAAUGUAGAGAAAUAUUCAGGCAUUAAAUGUGCUUUACCAUCAUUUACACCGACAAUGCCUCAUACAUUUCAACGCUUAGAAAAACAUUAUACACCAAUGAAAAAUAAACAAGCAAAUACCACAACUUCGAUUGUUCACAAUCAAAUAACACCAGCAAAGACAAACAGUCGAGAUACAAGUCCAUGGCGAUUACGAUUUGAAAAAUUUCUAAAACACGAAGAACCUACUCCAAUAUCACCGUCAGCAGAAUCAGUUGUUUCUAAUAAAUCUAGAACUUCAUCAUUGGGUAAAGAAAAUCGUACACCAUCGUUUCGUCUGCCAGCACGACGAACAAGCAAAUUCAACCUACCGUCAUAA